CCUUCUUCAACUCUCUGCUUUUCUUUCUCAAUAAACAAAAGUUUAGUUUAUUCCUAUUUCUUCUUUUUCCUCUGUCUCUUUCUCUCUUUACUGUUCAAUCCUAUUUCUCAGGUUCAUACAAAUUCAAACAGCUCCAAAUUCUUGCUGUGGCGGUGAGGUUUUUGAGUGAAGAGAGAGAGAGAGCAUGGGGAGUAGGAGAUUGGAGAAGAUGAUCAAGUGUUUCUGCUCCGGGGAGCAGGUAAGAAGAGAGGCGGAUGAAUUGGUUCCUUAUUCGGAAUCUCUGGCGACCAAGGAUUACUUUUCGUCGACUGCGAGCGGCGUUUCUGGCCAAGAUGGAAGAGUUGAGAGGAGGCCGGAUUCCGGUAAUAUAGAAGAAGCCGAAUCCUCGUUACGCGAGAGCGGCAACUUGAACUAUGAGGAAGCUAGAGCUUUAUUAGGAAGAUAUGAAUUUCAGGAAGGAAAUAUAGAAGCCGCUUUACAUGUUUUUGAAGGAAUAGCCAUUGUUCCUUUGGCUCCCAAGAUAAAAGAUUUCUUUGUCAAAAGCCAAGAUCUUGCCAAACGCAAAGGACGCCGUAGGAGACGCUCUCAGAAUUAUGAUACUCUGCCAAUGGCUAUACAUACGGCUGGAUUACUGUUAGAAGCAGUUUUCUUAAAAGCAAAAUGUUUGCAGGUUCUUGGAAGGUUUAAAGAAGCUGCCCAAACAUGCAAAGUUAUUCUGGACAUAAUUGAGUCUUCAUUACCUUAUGGCUUGCCAGAAAACUUUGGUGCAGAAUGUAAAUUGCAGGAAACUUUGAGUAAGGCAGUAGAGCUGCUUCCAGAAUUAUGGAAACUUGCUCACUGUACCGGUGAAGUUAUUUUGUCUUACCGGCGUGCACUCCUUCAUAAAUGGAAUCUUGAUGCAGAGACUGUAGCAAAAAUUCAGAAAGAAUUUGCUGUUUUUCUUCUAUAUAGUGGAGGGGAAGAAAUUCCCACAGAUCUUCGUUCCCAUAUGGACAAUUCUUUUGUACCCAGAAGCAACAUAGAAGAGGCUAUACUUCUUUUGAUGAUUUUGCUUAGAAGAGUUUCUCUAAAUAAAAUUGAGUGGGAUCCUUCAAUUUUGGACCACCUUUCAUUUGCUCUAUCUGUUUCAGGGGAUUUGACAGCAUUAGCCAAUCAAUGGGAAGAAUUACUUCCUGGUACCGUUGAUCGAAGAGAAAGGUACCAUGCCCUUGCUCUUUGUUAUUAUGGAGCAGGUAAGGACAUGGUAGCACUGAAUCUUCUGAGAAGAUUAUUGAAUAGCAGAGAGAAUCCAAGUCAUGUUCCUGCUUUGUUAAUGGCUUCUAAGAUAUGUAGUGAGAACCCUGAUUUUGCAAAAGAUGGGGAAAGCUUUUCUCGCAGAGCGCUUGAGAACUUGGAUGGAAGAUGUGAUCAGUUGGAAAAUCUUGCCAAAUGCUUACUUGGUGUUUCACUUUCAACAUACUCAAGAUUUACUGUCUCUGAUUCUGAGAGGUCUGAGAGACAAUAUGAGGCACUUCAUUCCUUGGAAACUGCAAGCAGAAUGACCAGAACUAGUGACCCUCUUAUACUAUACUAUUUAAGUUUAGAAUAUGCGGACCAAAGGAAGUUGGAUGCUGCACUUCAUUAUGCAAAACGCUUUCUAAACUUGGAAGCUGGGUCUAAUAUUAAAGGUUGGUUAUUGUUGGCCAGGAUAUUAUCAGCUCAAAAACAGUUUCUGGAUGCUGAGUCUGUUGUUGAUGCUGCUUUGGACCAGAUUGGAAUAUGGGAUCAAGGAGAUUUAUUGCGAACAAAAGCUAAACUGAAAAUUGCACAGGGCCAGUUAACAAGUGCCAUUGAAACAUAUAUUCAGCUUCUUUCUAUUCUCCUAGUUCAGAGAAAAACUUCUGGCUCAAUACAGAAGCUAUAUAAGGACUACAGAGAUUAUGCUAGGAACUUGGAAGAGGAAAUAUGGCAUGAUCUUGCAUAUGCAUACAUAAGUCUGUCACAGUGGCACGAUGCAGAGGUGUGUCUUUCAAAAUCUAAGGCCUUCAGACAAUACACCGCUUCUAGAUGUCAUGUAAUAGGUACAAUGCACGAAGCAAAGGGCCUAUACAAAGAGGCUGUAAAAGCUUUUCGCGAUGCUUUGAACAUUGAUCCCAGACAUGUACCCAGCUUGAUAUCCACUGCUGUGGCUCUUAGACGGUGGAGUAAUCAAUCAGAUCCUGUUGUCAGAAGCUUUCUGAUGGAUGCACUACGUUAUGACAGAUUGAAUGCUUCUGCUUGGUAUAAUCUCGGCAUUCUUCACAAGGCUGAAGGUAGAGUGCUAGAAGCUGUAGAAUGUUUUCAGGCAGCAAAUUCUCUUGAAGAAACAGCACCAAUUGAACCUUUCAGAUGACUGAAUCUGCAAGCAUUUUUCGUGAUGACAUCUCACGCUUGAUUGUUCAUGCAUGAUCCUCAUUUGUUCUUGACGUCAGUAUAGGUCAAUAAGAAAUGCACACUUCAUGAUUUGGUUUUCUUUCCACUGCUGUGAGCUGCUGUCCUCCUUUUUUCGGUUGUAGCUCAAGGUUGAACGCCAACUUUUCUUUUAAAAUUGUAUAUUUUUCUUCAUUUUUUUCCUUUAUUGAGAUAAAUUCCAUUAAAAAUAGUGGACCUGGAGUGCAUCCACCGAAAGGUGACAUGUAUUUGUUGAAGGAAAUGUGUAACUGUUGAUUAGGAUUCUCAACCGUUAGAAAAAGAACUUUGGUAUGAUGUGAAUGUGAUUCUUGAUCCAA